CGCCCCGACGCGGCCGCGUUCACCCCGCGGCCUCCCUCUCCUCCGACGCCGGCCGCGGCUACCACGCCCCGACGCGGCCUCCCUCUCCCCCGACGCCUCGAUGCCACCGCCGGCCGCGGCCACCCUCUCCACCGACGGCCCGGCUCCACCGCGCCCCGACGCCCGGCUCCACCGCGCCCCGACGCCCGGAUCCACCGUGCCCCGACGCAGCUGUGACCGCGGCGAGCUGCCCUUCGCCGCGCACCUGUUCCAGGCGUUCCAGUCCUGCGUCUUCCUGCUCGAGUCCCUGGACGCCGUCGGCACGGCCGCCGACGUCGGCGCCAAGAUCGAGCGCUUCUUGAUCCAGCCGAGGAUCGAGAGGUGCGUGGUGGAGAGGUACCGCGCGGCCGCGGCGGGAGACAAGACGCCGCCCUGGCGGGCAAUGCUCGCGUCGGCCGGCUUCGUGCCGGUGCAGGCAAGCAGCUUCGCGGAGGCGCAGGCGGAGUCGCUGCUCAAGAAGGUGCCCGUGCGGGGCUUCCGCGUCGAGAAGCGCGCCGGCUCGCUCGUCCUGCAUUGGCAACGCGGAGAACUGGUCUCCGUGUCCGCCUGGAGAUGCUAGCACUAGCACCUCACCUGCCCCGCCGCUGGAUGGAGCAACUUAAUUAGUAGUAGGCUAGUUAGGACUAAUGAUCCUAACAAUAUUUCUGCUGCUGCAUUGAUCUGAUCUGAUCGUCCAAAAUUACCCGCCACGUCAGUCUGUGUCACCUUGCUGCUCAAUCUGCCUUGCCAUGCUGCUUGAUUUAAGUAGAUUGUUUGGCACAUGCAAGGUCUGCUAUCAUUGUUACCAGUGUAUUUUAGUACUCAUGUUCAUGGUUUUCAACCGAUAUAUACAUGUAUCUUAGAUAGAAUCCACAAGACUGCUCACUCUUGUACAAUCAAAUGGUUAUAUGGUGUAUGCAAUGUUUUCCACUCAGGCAUUAGAUGUUU